CUCGAGUCACGUGCGACCCUUCUUUAAACUCAGUGAUCUCGACACAAGAAAAGGAGUGACAAAAUUGGAUAAGCGACAGUAGUUGUGCAAUUUUCUCAUGCCAUAAAAGAUGUUGACGUUCGAGACGCUUCUCGUGAAACAGCUGCAAAAACAACAGAGCAGGGCAGAGUUCUGUGACAUCGUGCUGCAGACUGGAGAUGUGUCAGUGCCGGUGCACAGCUGUGUGUUGUCUGCCUUCAGUCCUUGGCUCUGUGGGGCUCUGUCGGCCAUGCCGUCGCCCCGAAACGGACAGAGGAGACUGAUUGAAGUCCAAGCUGUGGAGUCCUGUACGUUGCUCAGUCUGGUCAGUCUGCUGUACUCGGGUCAACUGAGCGAGAACAAAGAGGAAGUCCUGUCAGCAGCCUGCAAACUCGGCAUCAACAUGCCUCAGCAAGUACCGAAGAGGCCUGCAACUGAACGAAACACGCAGACGGAGUGCAUGAAAGAGGUGGCGGAGAGAGAGUGUCAAACCGAGGCUGUUCCUUCUGAAUGCCAAAACCCCAAAGAGGCCAUCGAAAGUGUUAAUCUGAUCAGGACAUCGUCGUGGACGACCGUUCAGGGCCUCUGCCCGUACACCGAUGGCUCUGACACCACACUUCAGAGCAUCCAGGGUGAUCCAGGGAACAUACCUUCCAUUCAAGUCGUGGAUGUGGUCCCUGAAAUUGCGGAGCGUCCCACAGCCGGCGGAUCGGCCUGCUUACCCAAGGUCUAUGAUACAGCUCCACCUCAAAGAAGGCGAAGAGGUCGCCCCCUCAAACAUCCCUUGCCCAAACCAGAUGUUCCCCAAAAUUUCAGUCGAAUUUCACCACCUGAUCAGAAAACCUCGAACCCUUCAGCUCCAUCCCUGUUGCAUACCACAGCUCUCCCAGCAGCCAAUCAGACCGGCCUCACUCAGCCAAUGGACUGGCUUCUAGAUGAUGUUAUUGCGCAGCUCCCGUUCAUGCCCAGCAAUCAAAAUGGAAUAAUUGUAGAUUCCAGCAUGGAUCACACAAGAACGCAGUCCUCAGUUAAGCUCGCAGAUCUGGGUAUAAUCCAGUCGCAAGCUGAAGGUGAGCUGACCGACAUACUUGAUAGUUUUCUGAGAAUGUUUGAGCAACACGUCGGUAUAUGUGAUCCAGACGUCCAAGAUGGGAUGGUGCCCAGCGUAACAGAUGGAAGCCGGAGCUGUGGACAGAGUUACACAGUCCACACGAAUUCUGUAAACACAACACGGGGAGCGGAAGACUCAUUAACCGAGAACAGACCACGAGUAUCAUCUGCUCGUAGGUCCCAGAAACCAUCAUCUCUCUGGCAGGUGUCGGGUGUGAAAAUGGAGAAACCGACAGGCCUGCAAAGUGAACUGAAGACUAAAUCUGGCAGGAUGACCAGGAGCCAGAGUAGGAAGAGGAAGCUGGAUGGUUUUGAAGAACUGCCUGGGAGAGAUGAGCUCCCAGCCAAACGGAAGAGAAAAAGACAAAAAGAACAAACGGUGGAGAUGAAGUUAGACUCUUCUCUACCAAAGGAGAAAAAGAGUAAGAAAAAAACUAGCAGGCUGCAUAGUAAAGAAAAGUGCCUCAGCGGCACAGAUGACUCCAGCUGCAGUGUUGCAAGUGCAUUAAGCAAAGUCAUAAAUAUGUCUAGUGGCCAAAAUGUGAACACACAAACUUUGAAGUCUUUGGGUCGUUUAAAAUCCUCGGUGUCCAAUCUUGUAAAACAGAAGCAAGUGGAACAUGCUAAAAGAAAGACAGCCGAGACUUUUCUAGAAGGAAAUACGUUAAAGGAGCAGUGCAGUACAGGGAGAUCCCAACCCAAGCUAUCAGCCGUGAGGAAUGCAUCCACUAGGUCCUGUCCAACUCUUUCUGCUUUUGAUUUAAUGAAAAAUAUCUUGGAAAAUCACCAGAAGAUGGAGGAAGAGCACAAGGGAAAAGACAGCAGAAUGUGGACUGUGGAAAAUGAGAAAGGAAGUGAGAGGCUGACAAAUACACAUGAGCGUGGAGAUGUGGUGAAAUUGACCGAGAAUAAAGAGAAGAACCCUAGAAUCAGGGUUAAAGAGAACAAUAUAAGCAGAAUAAACCAAGAAGAUAAGGAAAGAAGUGGUAACCAGAGGAACAUUUUUCUUCAGCAGAAUCUGGCUUCAGCUAAUGGUUGCAGCGUGUCAAAAGGAGAGAGACUAAUGGAGGACGGCAAAAGGUGCAGCACAGAAAGCAUCUUGCUUAAAAACACGACAGAGAAGUCUUUUUUCUCACAUGAACAAAACCCCACCAUACCCCUUGAGAAACUUGGAAACUCACAAGGGUCAAUAGCCAUUUCAGAUGAGGAUGAGGAUGUUGAUGUUGCGGAGGUCUCCAGCUCUUUGUCUGAGUCCUUCUCUGUGCUGCCAAUCACUGCAGACGUGCUCAGCACAGAAGACAGUGAGGAAAACGACGAGAUUGAUGUGAUAAGUUUAGGAUGUAAUUGAGCUUGUGCCAAUUGUUGUUACUGUUUACUACCGUUUAGUUCUGAACGAAUGGAUGUUGGUGCAUAUUUGAAACACUAUUUCAAAUGAUUAGACGUAGAACAUGGGACCUUUUUCUUGUGUAUAUUUCAGUACAUAGUUCGCACAAUGUGCUCUUUCGACCUUUGGUGGCUUCGGUUUCAGGUAAUAUUUAUACAUUUAUGUUCUGAAAGUUAGCAUUUAUUUUGUGUCUCGCAACCAUGCCUCGUAAUGAUUGAGA